UCAGUUUCUGUGUAUUUGUGCUUAUAUAACUGCACAUGCAUUGUGCAGGUGUUUGGAGGUCUGGAUUUCAGUCGUCGUGAUUUGAUGGCACUGAACAUCCAGCGUGCUCGGGAUCAUGGUCUGCCUGACUAUAACACGGCAAGAAUGAGCUUCGGUUUGCCUCGUGUAAACAGCUACAGGGAGAUCAAUCCAACGAUCUUCGAUAACUUUGAGGGAGCCGACACUACUUAUUCAACCACCAGAGAUGCCAUUAGACGACUUGAAAGCCUGCACAACAACUUCACCAACCAACCUAGCAAUGUCAGUAUCGAUACUGUGGAUAUCUGGUCUGGUGGUCUGCUGGAGACUGUCGACGGGCCGGGACCACUGUUCUCGGCUGUUAUCCUUGAUCAGUUCCUGCGUAUCCGUGAAGGAGACCGAUUCUGGUUUGAGAAUCAACAGAACGGACUCUUCAAUCAGGAGCAGAUUGCUACGAUCAGGGCAGUGUCAUUCAAGGAUGUCCUGGUGCGCAUCAUGCGCGCCUCUUGGUUCAACAGCUCCAUGUUGACACGCAACCCGUUCAGGUACGACGGCCCAAAAGACGAGGACUAUCCUCUUUUCAGAAAACAGGGCUGCAGACCGUACUAUGAGUACAAUGUCCGUAACCUUGCCCGGUUCGUGGAGCCUUGCUCGCCGCUGCAGGAAGCAGUUCGGUACACGUCGAGAAGUGAGGGUCCGGCAAACAUCCCGGUCUGUUCAGCCGGGAGCACGACAACUACGCUGUCAGUGGGUACGACCAUGUCUCCGCUAGGCCAGAGCUGGCAUUUGCGCGUCAUCAGCUUGGGUGUACUCAUCGGUACUGGACAUUGGUUUGUAGUCCAGUUCCUAUUCUCAGCAGAAGUCGCCUUCUAAAACCCCAUCUAGCAUUCAAUCAUUCUACUAUCAGUCAGUGUGCUUGCAACCAGGGGGCAGAAACCUUGUAUUUUACUUCUCCCUGAUGGCAAUCAGGUGCAUGGAGUAGUAAAAUACCAGCAUUUUACAACUCCUUGGUUGCAAACUUGCAAUGCACAAUAAGUCACAUGAGCGACACGGCUUAUACUGCCACUCACACAAUUAGACAUGAUGCACUAGUGAGUCAUUUCCCUGGCUCCAAUUCUGCAUUGCACCCUAGAUAGAAACAGCUGAAACUGGUACGGUACUCAUGAUACACGCGUAGGCUAACUACAAGUAGGCCUCACCGGAGUGCCUUUGAAGUUGAGCUACGAGAAUACAUGCUCCUAGAAUAAUAAUACUGCAUGUUUUGCAGCCUUCUUUCAUCUAUUAUUAUAGUAUAAACAUUUUGCUCAAGCCUCUACAAUUCUCUAGUUUGUUUCUUCUGAUGCCUACGUAUAAUUUGCUCUUUCCACCAGCGCCUCCGGUUGCCUUAUGAGGAGAUACCCCGGUAAAACGGGGAAAGCUAGGCGUGA